AUGGACGUAACCGGUGCCACUAUUUGUGAUGAAUUACCUCACCCUGAGACUUGCGAUAUUGUUUUACCUAAUCAAAAAGAAUACGUGUCUCAAAUAGCUGUUGAUAUUGGUGGAUCAUUAGCCAAAGUUGUAUAUUUUUCUAGAAGACCAAAUUCUUCAAAUGUAGUAAUUAAAGCAACUGGCGGAGGUGCACAUAAAUAUUAUAAAAAUUUUCAAGAAAGAUUAAAAGGAGUAAAAAUUGAAAAAGAAGAUGAAAUGGAAUGUCUUAUAAAUGAAAUUCCAUAUGAAGUUUUUACUUAUAGUGAACAAAACCCAAUGUGUUUUGAAGGCACUCCUUCAAAUAUGUUUCCUUAUAUGAUUGUUAAUAUUGGAUCUGGUGUUAGCAUAUUAAAAGUUACAGCUAUGGAUAAAUUUGAACGUAUUUCUGGAACAUCUUUAGGUGGUGGUACAUUAUGGGGAUUAUUAUCUUUGUUGACUGGAGCAAAAUCUUUUGAUGAAAUGUUAGAAUCUAGCAAACAUGGUGAUAACAUUAAUGAUAUGCUGGUUGGUGAUAUUUAUGGAACUGAUUAUUCAAAGGUUGGGCUUAAGGCCACAACAAUUGCUUCAUCUAUGGGAAAAGUGUUCAAAAAGAAUGUUAGACAGAGCCACCCUGUUACAAUGAACACUUUAUCUUAUGCUAUAAAUUUUUGGUCAAAUGGAACAAUGAAGGCUUUUUUCCUUCGUCACGAAGGUUACUUGGGCACCGUAGGUGCUUUCUUGAAGCACAGGACAAGACAUAGAUAUUCAUUUUCUGAAAACUUUACUAUGUCUCAAAAGAUAACCGGGAGUUCCACUUAUGCUUAUGGAAUUUUAGAAAGCACUCCAACAAAACUAGUUGCUUUCCCAAAAAUAGGUGACAUUGCCCAUUAUCAACCUGAUACCAUAUCAUUAACAGAUCCUCAGAUUCAAGAUCGCUGGAUUAGCACUUUAGAAAAAAACGAAAAUGUUAUUAAUAAUGAAGGCCCACUCCAACUAGAAAAACAGCAAGAAGAUAAUGAAGAUGCUAAACGUCGUGCUUCAACAUUUGAUACAUUAUUUAGAAGCCACUUGGACAAAUUACGUGAUCAGCCAAACAUGUAUGGAGCUUUUACCGUUAGAAAUUCAUUGGAUUUAAGAGAACAUUGUUUGCGUGAACUAGGUUUUUCUGACGUUUUUGCAAAAGUCAAAUCAGAAGAAAAUAAGGCCGCAUUAAAAGAUCUUCCUGAAGUUCUAAAUAAAGUUGACUCGCUUAUUUCCAUUGAUGAAAAAGUUGAAUAUUUGAUUGGUAACAUUUUGGCUGGUAAUAUGUUUGAUUGGGGAUCUGAUAAAAUACUUGAAAUGUUGACAAAUGUUAUGUUUGUUGACAAUUCUGGUGCCGACAUCAUUUUAGGAAUGAUACCUUUUGCUAGAUUUUUUAUUUCCCGCGGAUCUGAUGUUAUUCUUGCAGCUAAUAGUCAUCCUGCUAUUAAUGAUGUUACAGUAAUGGUUGAAAUUGAUACUUUGAUAGCAGCAGCUUGGGCAUCCAAGAAACUUGUAGUCAUGGGAACUGGAAGUUCUGGUCCGUGUCUUGAUCUUGGAAGAAUCGAUGAAGAAUUAGCCAAUGCUUGUUUAGAUGUUGACUUGGUAGUAUUAGAGAGUUCAAUGGCUGCAAUAGAACUAGGAGCAAAUAUAUAUGAUACCGUGGUAUUAUAUGAAGAAGGAACUAAACAAAUUUGA